CCCCUCUCUCUCUAACUUUCAAAAAUCAAACAAAAACCUCAAAUCCCCAUUUCUCUCUCUCUCUAAAACCCUCAGUUGAUUGUUUGAUUUAUCGCGUGGUCACUCAAUCAAGUCGCCAAUCCAAAAUAAUCAUCUAAUUAUUUAUUCAAUUAAUCUAAAACGAUGUCGUUGAGGCCGAGCGCUAGGACUGAGGUCCGCCGUAACAGGUACAAGGUGGCGGUGGAUGCCGAUGAGGGACGGCGGAGGAGAGAGGAUAACAUGGUGGAGAUCCGUAAGAAUCGGAGAGAAGAGAGUCUUCAAAAGAAGAGACGUGAAGGACUUCAGGCACAAGCCAUCCCUGCUGCUCUUCACUCUUCCGCUGCUGAGAAAAAGCAGUUGGAACAUCUGCCAUCAAUGGUUGCGGGUGUUUGGUCUGAAGAUGGUAAUCUGCAACUGGAGGCGACCACUCAGUUCAGGAAAUUACUUUCAAUUGAGCGCAGCCCGCCUAUAGAGGAAGUUAUACAAGCUGGUGUCGUUCCUCGAUUUGUUCAAUUUCUUAUGAGGGAGGAUUUCCCACAACUGCAGUUCGAAGCUGCUUGGGCUCUCACAAACAUUGCUUCUGGGACAUCAGAGAACACCAAGGUGGUGAUUGAUCAUGGAGCCGUCCCUAUAUUUGUACAACUUCUUGGUUCUCCAAGUGAUGAUGUUCGUGAGCAGGCUGUGUGGGCAUUGGGAAAUGUUGCUGGAGAUUCUCCUAGAUGCCGUGAUCUUGUCCUUGGCCAUGGAGCUUUGAUUCCUUUGCUGGCACAAUUAAACGAGAAUGCCAAGCUUUCCAUGCUCAGAAAUGCUACAUGGACGCUCUCAAACUUUUGUCGAGGCAAGCCACAACCUCCUUUUGAUCAGGUUAAGCCUGCACUUCCAGCUCUUGCUCGCCUUAUUCACUCUAACGAUGAGGAAGUCUUAACUGAUGCAUGUUGGGCACUCUCAUAUCUCUCUGAUGGUACGAAUGACAAAAUUCAAGCUGUCAUUGAAGCAGGAGUAUGUCCACGGCUAAUUGAGCUUUUGCUGCAUCCAUCUCCUUCGGUCCUGAUUCCUGCUCUUCGCACUGUUGGAAAUAUUGUCACUGGGGAUGAUAUGCAGACACAGUGUAUUAUCAAUCAUCAAUCACUGCCUUGCCUUUUGAACUUGUUGACCAACAAUUAUAAGAAGAGCAUCAAGAAGGAAGCUUGUUGGACCAUCUCUAAUAUAACAGCUGGAAACAAAGAGCAGAUCCAGGCUGUAAUUGAGGCUAAUCUUAUUGGUCCACUUGUACAUCUGCUUCAAAAUGCUGAGUUUGACAUCAAGAAAGAGUCUGCAUGGGCAAUUUCAAACGCUACAUCUGGUGGUACUCAUGAACAAAUCAAGUACCUUGUUAGCCAGGGUUGUAUCAAGCCCUUAUGUGACCUUCUCAUUUGCCCUGAUCCAAGAAUUGUAACAGUCUGUUUAGAAGGCCUUGAAAACAUCUUAAAGGUAGGAGAAGCCGACAAGAAUGUGAGUGACACUGGAGGUGUAAAUCUUUAUGCUCAGAUGAUUGAUGAUGCUGAAGGAUUAGAGAAAAUUGAGAAUCUACAGUCUCAUGACAACUCAGAGAUAUAUGAGAAGGCAGUGAAGAUUCUCGAAACAUAUUGGUUGGAGGAGGAUGAUGAGACAAUGCCACCAGGUGAUGCUUCCCAAUCUGGGUUCCAAUUUGGAGGCGACGCUCCUGCUGUUCCCUCUGGUGGAUUUAACUUCGGCUAAAGGAGUUUUAGCUGCUGCUCCAUUGAAGUGUGGUGAGAUGGUUCAGGUCAGAUGUCUUGGUGUCUCAGUGAUGAGAUUGUUGUCAGGUUCAGGUCAGGUGUCUUGGCGUCAUGUCUGGUCUAUCUCCGGUCCCGGGCGAGAGGGUGUUGGACUGGCUUGGGUCUUACCAAGGCCGGGAGAGAGAAAUGUGGUUGGUGGCAUGAUUGACCUUGGGUAUUCAUGUCUAGAAUAUUUUGGGAAACCUGAGUUCAUUUUAAAAGUAGUUGUCCUAGGAGAUUGGGCUCUCUUAUAAAACGGAUGUUGAGUCUUUUUUCGUUUAAAAAUAUUCUUCUUUUGUCCCCGUCGUCGUCCCAGCAGCUGUAAAUCUCAUCUCUUCUUCUCUUUCAACAGUUUGCUGAUUUUGGCACUCACAAAAUCUUUACAUUGCCAUGCUUGUAUUUACAAGCUAUGUUGGAAUGAUGUUUCCUUUGCACUGCAAGAGUCGGUUGCAAAGAUUUUCUUUUCUAUAA